UAGCUGUUUUCUUCAUCUUCAUAAUAUCAUAGCAUCACUUUCUUCUUCUCCUUCUCCUUCUCCCUAUUCUUCUCUUCGCUAGCCAUGGAGAGACAGAGAAAUAUACUGAUGAGCAGCAAACCACCGCCGGCGAACGACCACAAAAGCAUCACCGGUGGGGGAGCCCACACUGGAUCCUCCCCCUCUCUCUACAAGGCCAAGGACAUUCCACCGCCGUGGAACUACACCACCUCCACCACCGCUUCCAGCGGCGGCGGAGGAGAUCACAACCCUAACCCCCACCACCAAGACUACCUCACCGGCGGCGGCUUCUCGUGGCCGCCGAGAUCCUACACGUGCAGCUUCUGCAAGAGGGAGUUCCGGUCCGCUCAGGCCCUCGGCGGCCACAUGAACGUCCACCGCCGCGACCGGGCCCGCCUCCGCCAGUCACCUCCACCACCACCACCACCACCUCCGUCGUUAGAUCACCAACAUCACCAUAAUAUAAACUACCCCAUACUCAACCUCAACCUCAACAACCCUAACCCUAACCCUAGCUUCUCAUCUCCUCCUCCUCCUCUCCAGCUGGUCUCCACUCCUUCUCCGGUGAGCAGGAGAUCGCCAUGGGCCCCCAUUGAGGGUAGAGUUCUGGACCAUCAGGCGGUGGGCCGGGUCGUCGCUGUCCCGGACCAUUUGAGUAAAGUCGGGACCCGGAAGUCUCUCUUCGGAGGAGAGUACUCAUCGUCGUCGUCGUGGUGCGAUCAUCAUCAUGGAGCUAAUAAGUUCCGGAAGAGAGGUGGAGAUCGGUUUCAUAAUAAUAAUGAUGACGAGGUUAAUGUGAGUUUGGAGUUGGAGAUCGGUGUCAUUACUGGGACGACGACGACGUCGUCCAAGAAUCAUCAUCAUCAUCAUCAUGAGCAGCAGCAGCUGGAUUUGGAGCUUCGAUUAGGCAUUUGAUUUACCAUCAUUAUCAUUAUUAUUAUAUGUACUACUCAUGUUUCCUUCCUUCCUUCUUUCUGUCUUCCCUGCUAGUGUAAAAGUGUGGGAAGGAAAUUAGGUAGCUAUGAGUUAAAUUUUGUGGGAGGUGGAGCUAACAUGGUCAGGUAGAAGUCACUUAGUGAGGAGGAGAAGUGGUGAUGAUUGGGUGGGCAUUGUUGCACCAAAAUGGCCAUGCCCGGGAGCUCUUCCCAGCUCUCAUUAUGAGGGUCAAUUUACACCAACGUGGAAGGAGGAAGAAGAUGAGCAUUUGGAGGCAGGCAGGCACGUAUUUCCACUGCUUAUUAUUUUUUUGCUUUUAUUUUUGUUUUGUUGUUUCUUUAAUUCCAAUGUUCAUGAGAAAAGUUGGCUUAUUAAUUAUGACAUAAACCAGUUUCCUUUGUCUUUUGGGUAAUUAGAUGAUGAGUACGUAAUUGUGUGGUGCUGAUGAUGGUGCAGUUAAAAAUUUGAAAGGGGGGAUUUGGCCAUGUGGGGUCUUGUUAGGUAAACUGUAACUUAACAACAUAAGACAGUUUCAAUUAGAUUCAUCCAUUUUGUUUCUUUCUUUAUCCAGCUUCCAUGUACGUAUACUACUUUAAAUUUCUGGUAACUGUCUUGAUCAAGUUAAUAAUAAGUAUCAAUUCUU